AUGGAGGCGCCGGAUCCGCCGCCGGCGACCAGGAAGAGGGGAAGGGCCGAGGCCGACGACCAGCCGGAGGAAGCAGCGCCAAAUGAUCUGCUGCCUCCGCCACCUGCGGCACGAGGGGAGAGAAGGGCCCGCAGCGAAGGAGGGGAGGAGCUGGAAGGUGAGGAGGACUGCAUCGGCCGCCUCCCCGACGCCCUCCUCGGCGCCAUCAUCUCCCUCCUCCCCACCAAGGACGGCGGGCGCACCCAAGCCCUAGCCACGCGGUGGCGCCCGCUCUGGCGCACCGCGCCGCUCAACCUCGACCACGCGGAUCUCGCACCCGCCGCGGACGGGGAGGCGCUCUCGGGCCUCGUCUCCCGCAUCAUCCUCGCCCACGCGGGGCCCGGCCGCCGCUUCUGCGUCCCCGCGCAGCUCCUCCACGACGGCGCCGACACGGUCGAGGAGUGGCUCCGCUCGCCGGCGCUCAACAACCUCCAGGAGCUGGAGUUCACCGUCCCGGGGGAGGCCUUCUACGCCGGAGUACUCAACCCACCGCCGCCCUCCACCUUCCGCUUCUCGGCCACCCUCCGCGUCGCCGUCGUCAGCCAAUGCCGCCUCCCCGACACCACGGCGCUCACGCUUCAGUUCCCCGUGCUGACCCUCCUAGCGCUCCAGCAGGUGUACAUCUCCGAAGCCUCGCUGGACAGCAUCCUCGCCGGCUGCCCGGCCAUGGAGGGCUUGCUGCUCAAGGGAUGCUUCGGGUUCCGGUGCCUCCGGAUCAACUCCUCCACCAUCAGAAGCGUCGCCUUCCAUUCCCCGUGCUGCGGGGGCCGCUGCGCCGGGGAGGAGGGCCACCACCUCGAGGAGGUUGUCAUCCAGGAUGCUCCAUUGCUUGAAAGGUUGCUGCAUGUUGAACGCUCCAUUGGAUUGGGCGUCCGUGUCACGGUGAUGGCGGCGCCCAAACUCGAGACCCUGGGCGUGCUGGAUGAUCUUGAUGGCCUCUACUCCGGAUUCGACUUCGGCACGGUGGUUUUCAAGGGAUUUGACAUGAUUACAUUCACAACACCAGUGUCGACUCUCAAGAUUUUAUCUCUGAUGAUCGAUAUCCUCAGCUUGGACAAGGUUAUCGAUUUAAUGAAAUGCUUUCCUUGCUUGGAGAAGCUGUACAUCACGCCAAUGGAGUAUGGGGAAACUAAUUCCUGGCGCCGUAAACAUGGGAGAACUGUCAGAAGCCUUGACAUGCGUCUCAAGACAAUUGUGCUAGACGAUUACCGUGGGACGAAGUCGCAAAUUAACUUUGCCACAUUCUUCAUAUGGAAUGCGAGAAUGCUGGAGACUAUAACUUUUAUGGGUGGAUUGCACAAUAGCAAUGUGAAUUUUGUUGCAGAACAGCAAAGGUUGCUGCAGCUGGAGAAAAGGGCUUCAAGAGAUGCUAAGAUCUGUUUUAGAUCCAACCAAUGUGCUUACGACAUGGUGCAUAUCAAGAAGGUCCAUGAUCUGUCUCUUGCUGAUCCUUUCAAAUGUUCAUGUUGAGACCCAGUUGAACGCAACAUGGUUCAGCUGGACAAAAAGACAUUGUGGAGGUGCUUGUCUUCAAAUUAGAGAGACUGAGAGAUGUUACCGAACUGAUCGAAGAUCUAUCUUGAGAAUGUUCAGGGUUCGUCAUAUAAAAUUUACCUUAUCAUUUGAUGUACUGGGCGAAUUGCUGUAUUGACCAGUUGCUUCUCGGAUACCGUUUGCAUAUUAGUUUUUUCCAAUUUCAGUUGAAAUAAUGUA